AACCCACCAUGAAUAUGACGUACAAGCUGAAUGAUUUAACAGAGGAAAUUUUCGGGCACCUCUGCAACGUGGCUCUUCACAAAUGCAGUGAUAAAUCUGAAAAGAAGAGAGCCGGAUGUGGAGGUAGAGCAAUGAGAAAAAGAGUUCUGAUAAAGAACUUUGUAUCGGAUCUUUUCAAAAUGCCAAAGAAAACCUCAUCAAGUAGGGAACAGGACAUGGCCUCAUCUGAUGAAGAAUACGAAGAGUACGAUAUGUCAGAUGUUUCAUUUUAUGAUGAAGAAGUCGAUGAGUUCAGACUGGAAGAUCUUACCCACUAUGAACAUGCUUCCAUGCAUCAAAAUGAUCUGUGGCUUCAUCAACCAUACACUGGAACAGACAUGGGUGGAUUCGGUGGAAUGAGUUCAAGUAUGUCCAUGGCAUCAGCUGGAAUGACAUCUUACGGUAGUUACGAUAUGCCUUCUUCCUACUCUGCACCAAGCUCUGUUGGUUAUCAACCAUUUGAUAUGUACGGCAGCUCGAUGUCUGAAUCCGCAACCGAAGGAGAUAUGCCAUUGCCGUCUGAUCCAUUAGCCAGUAUGUCUGGAAUGCUUCCAGCUGUUGAGUCAUCGUCUUUCGAUCACUUCUCAUCUCCAACGACAAGUGUACAGUCCUCGUUUUUCCCAGGAGAUGACUACUUUCUGUCAAAUGUUGGACCGGAGCCAAUCUUUACGGACAUUAUCCCCGAGCCACUGAGCCACGAAGAUACUCACGAGCUGACCGAUUUGGACGUGGCAACCGGUGAAAGCCACGCAAACAAGAACAAACGUCGCAGUACGGAGCUUUUUGACGACUUCACUGGUUCAUUCCAAAAGCGUAUUAAAAUCUAAGACUAGACUUAUUAUUUUUUUUAGGCUACAGUUUUCUUACCUCUUCUAUAUCUAUUCAUGUUAAAUACUCUCUUUUCUUUUUUCCCUUACACCCAAAAGCCGCCAGACCCCAUCAUCCUUUCUUGUUGUAUUUUUUCAAAAACUGGUAUUUACCUACAAAAACUCUCAAAAAAAAAGAAAAAGAAAUAGCAGCUCCUCGUUCCAAAAUACUUUAAUUAACAAUACGGGAAUAUCUACGAAAUCUUCUCUCUUUCCUUAUUAUCUCUUUGUUUUCCAUACCUACUUUUUUCUCAGCCCCAGUCAAUUUUGUCCCAGUUUGUUUUUUUCUUGCAAAUUUAUUUGUAAAUACAGUUCAUUCGUUUUUUUUUCUAUUCAGUUUUCCACUUUAAUUUAUUUGACAUUCACUUUAAUAAAAAAAUUGUUCAUUU